CCUUAAUCCCCAAGUUAUCAUUCAUUCCUACUCCUAUUUAUUAUAUCUCUCCUUCACUCCCAAAUUCUAGCAACCAAACAAACAAAGAUAACCAACACAGACAUACAUAUUACAAAUUUACUAUACCAGGGCAGAGAGAGAUGAUGAUGGUGAGCAAUGACGGACGAGGAGGAGCUAUGAUUGAUUUGUUGCCGGAGGGAUGCAUAGCGAAUGUGUUGUCGCUGACGAGCCCUGGGGAUGCGUGCAGGCUUUCUCUGGUGGCGUCGUUGUUGAGGUCGGCGGCCGAAUCGGAUGGAGUUUGGGAGACAUUUCUACCGUCCGAUUACAUGGACAUCAUGGGAUCGGUGGAUCCUACUCCUUCUUCCCCAUGGUCCAAGAAACAGCUUUAUCUAUGGCUUUCUGAUAAUUCUCUCAUCAUCGACAAUGGUACCAAGAGCUUUUCAUUGGAGAAAUGGAGUGGAAAGAAAUGUUACAUGUUAGCUGCAAGGGACCUCUCGAUUGUGUGGGGUGAUACACCUCAAUAUUGGAAAUGGACAUCUCUAUCCGAGUCCAGGUUCUCAGAGGUGGCUGAGCUUGUUAGUGUGUGCUGGCUUGAAAUUCAUGGCAAGAUAAAGACAAGCAUGCUGUCCCCGAACACAACCUACGCAGCUUACCUUGUAUUCAAAUCAACAGAAGAAGCCUAUGGAUUUGAAUACCAACCAGCAGAGGUCACGGUUGGAAUCACUGGGGGUGAAAGUGAAACACAAACUGUUUAUUUGGAUCCUGACACUGGGCACCGGCAGCAAUUUCAGAUUAUACCAAGGCCAGGUGGGGUGUUUAACCGCAUACGUACUAGAAUGUUGAGGCCAUUUGCGUCUAUAUCAAGACAAAGUGACAGUCGAUAUCCAAAGGCGAGAGGAGAUGGGUGGAUGGAGAUUCAGUUGGGUGAAUACUUCAACGAGGAUGGAUUAGUGAAAAUUCUCAUUUCUGUCCAUUCCUGA